CGAGCGACGGCCUUUUGGGGUGUUACAUUUUCGAGCUUCGUAAAUUAUUAUUCAUUGUUUAUGUGCCAUGCGCGCAUAUUUAAAAUAAAUUCCAAUUACAAAGAGAGGAUCUAUGUAAAAUAAGUGUUUUAAUGAAGUGAAAGUGACGUGUUAAUGUUGGUUAUAAAAUAAGCUUGCCUACGCUUAGUUCUGGUGCCGUGUUUAUAUUGAAAGCGCGGCGCUCGUUCCGUCCGGUGUGCUGGAGGGACGUCGCCCCCGAAGUUUCUAUAGAGGUUAAGAUGCGGAGGCGGGUGUUACCACGGACGGGGGCGAGGUGAGCCAGCAUGGACCACGCGGUGAAGGCGAUGUCGGCGCGCGGGCCGUUGGCUCGGCUGCUCGCGCGCCGCCGCUUCGAGUCCGCCGAGCUGGAGGAGCUGUACGCGCGGUACGCCUGCAAGCUGCAGCGCACCUCCGUCGGGUCCGCGCUCGCGCUGUGGGCGACGCUCGCGGCUGCGCUGGCUGCGGUGGACGCCACGAGGGGCUGGCGGAGGGCACCGCAGGUGGGAGUGCUAAGCGCUCACGCGGUGCUGUGCGGCGGUCUCGCGUGGUGGUGCGGGCGGGCCGGCGGCGUGACGCCCGAGCGGCGGCUGCCUCGCGCGUGCUGGCUCGCGCUGGCCGGCGGCGGGGUGGCGCUCGCGGCCACGCUGCCCGCCUGGAGCGCGGGCGCUGCGGCGGAGGGCACCGCGCACGUCGUGUGGGCGGUGUUCGCGGCGUACGCCCUGCUGCCCGUGGGCGCUCCGGUGGCGGCUGCGUUCGGGCUACUCCUACCCAUCGCACAUACGGUGGCGGCGGCGUUGGUGGCGUACCGCUUCCCGUAUCACGCUUGGCAACAGAUGUUGGGGAACGUGGUGGUUUUCAUCUGUGUGAACGUGGUUGGAGCACUGAUGCACUCCUUGAUGGAGACGGCCCAGAGACGCGCCUUCCUAGACACGCGGAAUUGCAUAGCAGCUAGAUUGGAUAUGGAAGAUGAGAACGAAAAAUUGGAAAGGCUGCUACUGUCUGUCUUACCGCAACACGUCGCUAUGGAAAUGAAGAACGAUAUCAUAUCACCGGUCGAGGGACAAUUCCACAAGAUCUACAUACAGAAGCAUGAACAAGUUAGUAUUCUGUUCGCGGACAUCGUGGGCUUCACGGUCCUCGCGUCGCAGUGCAGUGCGCAGGAGUUGGUCCGGUUGCUCAACGAGCUGUUUGGCAGAUUUGACCAAUUGGCUAAUGAUAACCACUGUCUCCGGAUCAAGAUUCUGGGCGACUGCUACUACUGCGUGUCCGGGCUCCCCGAGCCGCGCUCCGACCACGCGCGCUGUACCGUCGAGAUGGGGCUCGACAUGAUCGAUGCUAUCGCUUCUGUAGUGGAAGCAACGGACGUACAGCUGAACAUGCGCGUAGGCAUCCACACCGGCCGGGUGCUCUGCGGCGUGCUCGGUCUACGGAAGUGGCAGUAUGACGUGUGGUCCAAUGACGUCACGCUCGCUAAUAACAUGGAGGCUGGUGGUGAACCGGGACGAGUGCACAUAACGCAAGCGACACUGGAGUGUCUGGGAGGCGCCUACGAAGUGGAGCCGGGGCACGGCGCUAGUCGCAACGCGUAUCUGAGGGACCACUCUAUUCAGACCUAUUUCAUCAUACCACCUCCUAGGCGAAGAAAGAUGUGCCUUACAGCCGGUAUGGGUCUGAGUUCGGGGUCCCGACGAAAGCUCUCCUUCAAAAACGUUUCAAAUGUGGUCGUGCAAUUAUUGCAUUCGAUCAAAUUUAACGUUGAUGUGCCAUUUUCCAAUAUGGCCGCCUCCCCGCAAGAGCUCAAAGCGAACGCCGCUAGGAAGGUGCUGGACCUGCAGCGCGCGCUGCACGCGGAGCCGGGCUCGGCGGAGGCGCUGCGGCUGGCGGCGCUCAAGGAGGACGUGAGCGCGCUGCGCACCCCCGCCGCCCCCGCCGCCCCCGCCCCCGCCACCGCCACACCCGCCACCGCCCCGCACAACCACACGUUCGACGCGGUCAUGCAACACCACGCCCUACGCACACAUGCAACGAAUAAAGUGACGGAGAAAUUUAAGCGGCCGUUGAAAAAGCGUCAUUCGUCUGUGUACCACCAGCCCACGAACCGCGUGAACAAGUACCUGGCGCAGGCGAUCGACGCGCGCAGCGUGCACCGGGAGAAGGCCACACACGUGCACCUGCUGACCCUCUGCUUUAAGGACGCCGAUAAGGAAGCACAAUAUCGUGCAUCAACAGACGGAGGGUGGGCGGGAUCACUUAGCGCAGCAUUGGGCGCUUUGGUUGCAGCUGGAGCGCUGCAAGCGGCUAUUUUGCCACGUACAUUAAUUCUUCUUAUUCUCUUCGUGAUUGCCUUCGUGUGGUCUGCAGCGGUUCUAGUGCUAACUCUAGCUGCGAGGUUGCGGCUCAUACCGUGCGAUGUUUCUAGACCUUUCGCUCUGAGGAACGCUAUUACAACGUUUACUAUCGUUCUGGGAUAUGCUGUUGGGCAAGCUAAUGUGCUAUCAUGCCAAGCUAUAAACGUGUGUGGGAAUCUCACGGAACACACAAUAACAAUGGAAGCGCUACGAUCAUCCCGCGAGCUCACAUCUCUGUGGAGCAGUCCGGACAUUCACAGGAUGUGCCCAGUACCACUAUACAUAACCCUCGGGUGUUGCCUCAGUAUGCUAACGGUUGCUGUGUUCUUGCGGCUGCCGAUUCUGGUGAAGGGAAUAUUGCUGGCUGUCAUGACAACCGGCUAUGUGGCUGUUAUCUUGAUAUACCAUAAGUACCUGUUCGACUGCUAUGAUCUUAUGACCGACAACGAAGGGCUAGUGAGUUCAGCGUACGUAUGGAGCGCGUGGACGGUGGCGCUCGCGCUGGCCGUGCUGCUACACGCGCGCCAGACGGAGUGGACGGCGAGGCUGGACUUCCUGUGGCAGUUGCAAGCUCGCGAUGAGAAGCGGGACAUGGACGCUUUACAAGCAUCUAAUAGAAGAAUAUUGUUCAAUCUUCUCCCCGCGCAUGUGGCGACGCAUUUUCUGGACAAUCAGUUCAGGACCAAUAUGGACCUCUACCAUCAAUCGUACCACCGCGUGGGCGUGGUGUUUGCGUCCAUCACCAACUACCACGAGUUCUACAUGGAGCUGGACGGCAACAACCAGGGUAUGGAGUGUUUGCGGCUGCUCAACGAGAUUAUAGCUGAUUUUGAUGAGCUUUUGGGUGAAGAUCGAUUCAGUGCCAUAGAUAAAAUCAAAACAGUGGGAUCCACUUACAUGGCAGCUGUUGGUCUCAUUCCGGACAAGAAAAUGACAGAUGAUGCUAGCACGAAGAAACAUAUGGCGACGCUCGUCGAAUUUGUAUUCGCUAUGAGAGAUAAACUUAAGGAUAUUAAUGACAAUUCAUAUAACAAUUUUAUGCUUCGAGUUGGUAUCAAUGUGGGGCCAGUGGUAGCUGGUGUGAUCGGUGCUAGAAAGCCCCAAUAUGACAUUUGGGGCAACACAGUAAACGUCGCUUCUCGCAUGGACUCCACGGGUCUUCCUAAUCACACGCAAGUUACGGAGGAAGUUUUCCAAGUGCUCAAAGAUUUGCCGUAUCAGUUCGUGUGUAGAGGAAAAGUCAAAGUGAAGGGCAAGGGUGAAAUGACAACGUAUUUUUUAACAGACAGAGCUCCAUCGAACAGCAAUAAUCAUCACAUACCAAAUAGUCAGCCACAGAAUCCUCCCACUGCGUAUGGAGGUGUGGCAACGCCGCUUGCCAUGUUGCAGAACUCAGCGAGGAGAGCCGCGGCCCCACCGUCCCGUUUGCCCCCACUUCGAGAAACGUCGGUAGCGGGUGAAAGUGAACCAUUGCUCCCAUCAAAUGGACAUCAAAAUGGAAAUCACAAAGGAAGCAAAGGUCGAAGAAAUAAAGAAGUAGAGGAAACGCCUCCUCCACCUCCGCCGCAUGGCAUUAAUGGCAACCCAAGGUGGCCCCCGCCCAGAGCGUUAGUACCUCCUUGGCCCAGACCCCAAGAACCGAGGCCGCCCGUGGCACAUAAAAGAAGAGCCCCGGCCAGAUUGCCGAGACCUCGGUCGAGUGAAAGUCUGCCAUUGGCAAGAAGUCCAAGGGUACAUUCUUCAGCUGACGAAUUAAGCUCUCUGACUCGAUCUCCAAGUCUUAGCUCUUCUGAUGAAAGCUACUCGCGUACCACAGAUGCAUCUCCUUCACCCCCAAGAGCAAAUCAGUGGCAACCGCCUCGACCGCAACAGAUUGACGUCAAUCCAAACCCAACGUAUGAUUUUCCUCAAUUGAGAAAACAUUCUCCUCGCGUUAUAUAUGACUUUUAUGUUAAAUACGGACUUAAUAAAAAACCUUCGCUCGAUGACAAACUUCUAGAAGGAAGUAUUAAUCUGCAUAAAGAAGAGGAAAAAUUGCAAAGAAGUAUAUUAAACAUGCAUCAACCGUCUGCCAAGAGAGACAGUUGUAGUCAAACGGAUAAAAAGGAUGUUCCACAUAGAUUCACGCAAAGAACCAGUUCGUUUUCGAGUUCAGGAAGUCGACCGAAUAAUCUGAAACAUUUAAACCAUGACAGCAGAGAAGUUUUUACGAAACGCAGUCCUUCGGAUAUUGCGUGUGUUCCACCUUUCGAAAGGGAGAUCCAAAGAUUACUUGAUGACAAAAAUCUUGUAUUGGUAAAUUCUCCCAAGUCGGAACGAAAGGAACUGAAGUUGGAUUUAAGGGCAGCAAACGCUUGCGUGGAAGCGGUGCGCGCAAGCAAUAACAACAGCAGUCCGUUGCACGCAGUCGGUCUCGCCGCGAUCACUCAACUGGCCCGUGCCUCACCCCCACAACCCGCGCCUGUACCCCCACAUGCCGCGCAUGUACCACAUGCUGCACAUGGAGCACAUGUUCCACACGCCGCACAUGCCGCACCACCCGCCGUGCCCUCGCCGCGCACUGACUUCCCAGGCGUGUUGCCAACAGACGUCGUCGUGGAUCUGCCGUCGCCUGCACAUUCUAAACAUAGUGCCAACCCACAGCCAAUCAGGAAGGAACCUCUAAAUACCAAAGAAAAGCAUGAAAACCCUGAAAGACUUCAUAACCGGGUUGCCACUUCUAAUCAUAGAGAAAUGGGUCAUUACGGGGAGAGCCAAUCGGAAUGGAGUUCCUCCUGCUCAGAGGGCGAGGGCGAAGGCGACGGCUGCCAGCCGGAGAGCACUGGCUACACCACCGACGACCCAGCGUUAGAAAACGUCUCCAUGUUGAACGAAGCCGGGCUCACCGAUGCGGAGGCGGCCCUCAGCGACGUCAACUCCUGCUACUUCGACCGAGACGAUGACGUGUCCUCUAGAGCCUCCUCCCGUCUGCUGGACUCUGAAGCGCUGGUGUCGCUCGAGUCGCUCAGCGCCAUCUACGACUCGGACGAGCCGGCGCACCGCUACCUGGCCAACAUCCGCACGGUCAGCGAGUGCAUCACCAGGAACUUCGGCCAGCCCGCGCACGUCACGGACGGCGAGAGUGACGUGUGAUGAGGACACGCCUUAUCUUACCUGUGAUUCUCUUCCGUUCCUGCGUCCCGCAGGCGACCGCGUUACCCAGCUCUCUAAUCGAAAUCUAAUACUCAAAAUUAUUUGUACGAUUAUGUCUAUUGAUUGUGGACUAGGAUACGCUCGAAUGUAUGCUUCGAUCCGUCGAUCACGAGCUCUCCCCGUUAAAGAUGUGCCUGAUUAUUUAAAUCUGUGUAUUUUAUGUGUAAAUUGUUAAUAUGUACCUAUUAAUAUUACACUGUAUGAUAUUAUGUACUCGGUACGGCCCGUGCCAUUCGAUGGCACCGCCAGUCAUCCGUGAGCGUGAUGAUGUGUGCGAUGAUCUCUACAAUUACAAGGUGCUCUGACUUAGAAUUAUUUAUUGUACGACUUGUGAUAAAGGCUAAGGUGUUCGGAACUGAGCGACCAAUAUCUGUACGUCAGUGUCGUGUGUGAGGGCUGGCCCCCGUUCUGUGCGAUCUUUUAGCGUCACCUUACUCGUAUAUUGUUCGCGAAUCUGAUACGAUUACCACUAUUAGAUAGACUAGAUAUUCUAUAAGUAUUACUGCAUUUCAUUAUGUAUUUAGUGUAAUGUUACCAUAAAAA